AUGGGAGAGUUGGAAGAGAAGCAGCCGCGGCUGCGGCUGUGGCAGCUGCAGCUGUGGCAGGGAAAGAGGAAGAGGAAGGAAGAAGGGAAGGAGAAGAAGAGAAGGGGAAGAAGGGGCUGCGGCUGCGGCGAAGGUAGCUACAGUUGGAAGAGAAGGGAAGGAGAGGAAGAAGUAGAAGCGGGUGAACAGGCGGCACCUCUGUUUCCUGCAGGAGGAAACAGAGGAGAGGAGGUACUGUUCGUCGGGGAGAAGAAGGGGAGGAAGGAGAAGAAGAGAAGAAGAAGAAAGGAAGGAGAAAGAAGAGGAGAAAGGAAAGAAGCAGCUACGGCUGCGGCUGUGGAAGCUGCAGCUGUGGCAGGGAAAGAGAAAGAGGAAGGAAGAAGGGAAGGAGAGGAAGAAGAGAAGGGGAAGAAGGGGCUGCGGCUGCGGCGAUGGCAGCUGCAGCUGGAAGAGAAGAAGGAGAGGAAGAUUAGCAGGGGAGGAGGAAGAGGCUGCGGUUGUGGUGGCUGCAGCCAUGGUUGCGACUGCGACUGCGGCAGUUGCAGCUGGGAAAGAAAAGAAAGGAAAGGGGGAAAAAGGGGCUGCGGACGGGAUUGCGGCCACAGCGGCAGCGACUGCGUAUGCAGCAGUUAUGUCUGCAAGAGAAGGGAGGAAGGAAGGUAGUGCGGUGGAAGGGGCUGCGAUUGUGGCAGCGGCGGCGGUUGUGGCAGCUGCGUUUGGGAAAGAAAAAGAAGGAAUGAGAGUAAGAGAGAGCAGGUGACUGUGCCUCGAUGUUCGACACGUGGUGUAGUUGCGAAGAAAGGAAGAAAACGGGAGCACAAAACGAAACAGAGAGAGGACACGGAGGAAAAGUAGAAGGAUUUGGGCUAGCACCUUCUUUGGAUCUUCGGAUCGAAAUCCUUGAAAGGUCAGCUUGUCACUCUUCGAGAUGUUUGAUUUGGGCUGAGGCAGUGGAUAGCUAUCCAGAAUUAUGGGCAAGUCUGGUUGGUUAUUAUGAUAUUAUUGUAUAAGUAUGUUUUGUAUGUAAUGAAAUGUUGUCGAUGAACCGAAAUGGAUAUAUUGUGUCAAAGUGUUAGGAGAUCUCUCUUAUAUGGAAUUUCGGAAUGUUAAGUCUAAUUUAUGACGAUAUGAACUUGUGGUGAAUAGUUGGAGUUCUGAUUGUAUAAUUUAUUUAGCUUGUGGAUUUAUAAAUGUUGUUCAUGUUUGUCAAGUUGGCUUGGGUUGCCAUAAAUGUGAAUUGUCGAGUGAUGUGAUAUAUGAUUAUAAACUGCACAGGUUUUAUAGA